CACGCUUUCUCUCGUGUGCUGCUGUUCUCUCCACACUUCAUCUCUUCUUUUAUCGCACAACAGCUCGUUAUUCUCAGUCACUCUUUCUGACAUAUUCGACUUUCAAUCACUAUGAAGUCUACUUUUGCCAUUGCGGCCGCUUUGGCCCCGUUGGCUUUUGCUCAGGGCACUCUUGAUGUCCAGCAGAUCAACAAUGCGCCAGCGCCGACUGCUACUGCUCCUCCGGAGGUGAACAGCGUUGAUAUGGCGGCUGUUGAGGCAUCGCUUUCUUCGGCGGUGUCUGCUGCCACUGCGACUGCUACUGCAGCACCAGCGAAGUUCCGUAUGGCUCGUGCCGCUGAUCCAACUUUCUGGUGGCCAGGCAAAGAUAACGACUGCAAUCCUUGGACCUGGUGGAAGCCAUGCCAGCCAAAAAAUCCUGGUCACCCAAAUCCGAACCCACAGCCAAACCCUCACCCCAACCCCAACCCCAACCCCAACCCCAACCCAAAUCCAAAUCCGAACCCAAACCCAAACCCCAACCCUCAGCCUCAGCCAAAGCCAGAUAAUGCGUGCCAGAUUCAAGAGCCUGGUGCUGGCCCAGCUAUCAGAGAUCCAGAUACUCCAGCUGCCUUCUUGAACAACCAACAGAUCAAGGACGCCGUCGCCAAGGCCUCGACCCCAAGCGGCUACAAGCAGGUCUUCCAGAACCUCCAGGCUGCGUACCAGGGCGCUUCUUACCUCACAUACAAGAACCUCGACUCGUACAGCCCAGAAGCUUGCGCCGCCUUCUGCAACAGCGAGAAGUGCAGCAGCUUUAACAUCUACUUUGAGCGUGCCCCAUCUGUCAACCCCAACACAGAUGCCAAGAACGAGACUGCCAACUGCCCCAACCCACCUUCAACCACCUACAUUCGCUGCGCCAUCUACGGCGCUGCCAUUGACGCCAAGGGAGCCACCAACAGCGGCCAGUUCCGUGAUCAGUUCCAAGUCGUUAUCGCAGGCUCCAACGGCUACACCAAGCCAGGCGCACCCAUCUCUUGCCCAGGCUACCAGACACCUAAGCCAUGUGACGGUGCCAUCGGCGACAAGGGCAAGGACUGGUGGCUCGGCGACAAGUUCUUCCCAGGUGGAUUCAACCCAGAUUUCUGCCGCAUCUUCGCCAAGGUCCAAACCGCGAAGAACAUUGCUGCUGCCAAGGCCAAGGGCUCCAAGAACUACUCUCCUUGCAACUCGUUCAAUGCCUUCGAGGUGUACGAGGAUGGCGAGAUGGUCGGAACGUACUGCAAGCUUUUCACUGAGAAGCUUCCAGUUGCGUGGGCCGAGUGGAAGAAGGAGAUUAUCUUUGGUAAGACUUGGGAGUGCAAGAACUCGUGGUUCUACGAUAUUAUCAACAAGGACUUCGGAAAGUUUUAG